AUGUUUAACUCAACACCUGAUGGUGCUGUUAACGAUUUGGCGAACGGGACACUUGGCAAUUCGGCAAUUCCCUCCUCGCGACAUACUUUUCCUUAUGGGUCAAAACGAUACUCGUUCAACGGCAGUAAUACUUCAUUGACGAACACCCCUGCAGCACCCGUGGGGCAGCCUUCGUUUUCUUUUCAUCAGCGAGCCGGCUCUAACUCCAGCAGCUCACGUACCAGGCCACGCUCUUUUUUUGGCGGAGAGCCCACAAGCAACCCCAUCUGGGAAGACGACACGGGGUCGUCUUUUGGGGGAAUGGAUGCUUCAGCUGAUACUGAAAAACUGAAACAUCGAUACUCGGCAAAUUUUUCCUCAAGACGAGCUAGUUACACACCCACGGCAAGCUUACUCCCACCAGCAGAACCGAGGACCCCGAGACUGCGGUCGGGCUCUCCUUCCCGGAGCUCGUCUCCCGUGCGGCAACAGAAAUUGUCUCCUAGCCGCCAGCGAACAAGCUCACCGGCAAAAAAACAGCCGUUCAGCUUCGGCUCACAAGAAUUGACGAUGCUGGGGAUUUCCGGGAGCCCUUCGCUUGUUGCUAAGCCUGCGCAUAGAAAAGGCCAUCGAUACAAACACUCAUCAGUUUCGAUGAACUUGUUUCAGGAACCGAUCCCUAUAGCUGAAGCCAACAAUCAGCCGAACCUCAUUCCGGACCUGUAUCCAAUUCCAAACUUCAAAGAGUCAUCGGAAAGUGCCAGCGAUUCACAAAAGUUCAAAUUGGCCAUGUCUUUAGUGCACUCUUUGACCUCUGUCGUUGUAUUCCUAACAGGAUUUUAUACACAGCAGCAGGCGUUUUCCACGCUCGCCCACUUGAUUUUCUACGACUCGCUAGGCUCGUUGAUGACAUCCUGCGUGGAUGUCAUGUCGAACUUUGAAGUGUGGAGCAAGUCGUCCAUCGCAUACCCAUUUGGCUUGGGGCGGCUUGAGGUUUUGACAAGUUUUGCUUUGAGCACGUCGCUGGUUAUGGUGGGCUGUGACUUGGUCAGUCACUUCAUCGAGGAGUUAGUCUUGGGGAUAGUUGACCCUUCAAUGGGUGACAGUACCGAGCAUAGCGCUCACCAUAUACACGGGACCAAAGAAAAUGGAGCCGUGGACUGGCUUUUGUACGAAUUGGUUUUGAUGUUGGUAUUUGCAGUCACGUGGGUCACUUCCACUUACAUAUUAGAGCAGACUCCGCUUCUAGAGCUUGUGGAAACUAUGGGUCUGAAAAAUAGAUCUAUCAAAGACACUGGGCUUUUGGCAUCGCAGACGAGACAUUCUCAGCAGAAGGCCUUUACUCAGCGUGUUAGAAACAUGCUGAAGAUAUUGAUUAAAAACCCCAUUAGAUUGCUCACGCUUUUAUACUCUGCGUUUUUCUCGGUGGUGCCUGUCAUACCCGAGAACUUGAAAGAGCAGUUUGGUUUUGACUUGAAUGAGUCGUCUACUUUGGUUGUUGCAUCUCUUCUAUGCUAUGCUGGGUGGAAUUUAGUAAAGACUCUCGGAGGGAUAUUGUUGAUUUCAUUUCCUUACUCGGACUAUGAUUUCACAGUGACUAAGGCAUCAAUUCUCGAUCGGGUACAGAAUCUUGCAUGCUUCAAAGCUGCGUACCGGAUCGACAAAUUGCACUUUACGAAAGCAAACCCAAGACUUUACUUGGCUGGUGUUGUGGUCCACAUGAAAGGGGCCAGCUCCGACGACGAAUCGCGCAUGACAUUUGAGAUAAAUCGCAUAAUUGUGCAAACGAUGAAAAAUUUUGAGAGCGACUGCGAGGUGGAGACCACCAUCAGCGCCGACAGGCUAUAG